GUUUAACUUACAACAGAUCAUCUCACCUCAAUCUAAUCUUUUCAUGACCGCCUGCAAUGAAGAGAUACUAUCAAUAUUUGUUUCUCAUCAUCAGCAUCUUCUUCUUUAUCGCCUUUGCUUUUGCUGAAGAACCUCAACGUUGUUCAGACAAAACAGCCUACUUGGUUCACAAAGAGAGACUAGUCGCUAGAGUAGCUAGUGACAAGAGAGCUCAUGGAAGAAUUUCGGAGGUGAGCAAGGCAAGAGGCGUUUAUGGAGGUGGAUCACUUGUCAGACCUACAGGUAAGAAGAACAGAGCUAUAUCCUCCAUGACCAAAUCUGCUUCACUCGCUGUUCUUCAAGUAACUGUUGCAGUUCUUGUCCAUCUUUUCUUGCACUGAAAAUGCAAAACUUACUCUAUGUGCAAACUGGUUACUUUUUGAUGCAAAGAUUCAGAAUUUCUAAGUUUUAUCUAGCAUUUCGAUCUGCUUCACAUUCAUCAAAUAGAGGUGAUUUCCAAUGUUUAAUAAGCUGUGUAGAGUUCUGUUCUCUAUCUCUCUCCCAAAAGAAUCUAGUUUCUGCAUACUAUUACAUAACCUUUAUUUAUCAUACUAUGUUGGUAUCCAC